CCGUGACGUCAGUGGCGUCUUUGGCGGUAGUGUCGUGCCUGUAUCAGUUGGUGCCAGACGGGACUUGUCAUGAUUAUAUCUUGACCGUUUUGUCUGAUCGAUAGAUCGUUUACAUUUUCCUUCAACGUGUAUUACGAUGUUUGGCAAGAAAAAAGAAGCGAAACGGCCCAGGGCUGGUAAUUUAGAACAGUACGGUAUCUUUGAAGUACCUGAUAUAAACAUGGAUAUGAGUGGUAAUACGAUGGCAGACGAUGAUAAUGAUGAAGACUUCGAAGCUGAAUUGGCUGCUUUGGCGGCUGGCAACGACACGAGCUACAAAAGUAGACGCGCCGCGCGCAAAGCUGCUGCGAAUGUAAAUCUAGAUGAUAUGGUGGCUGAUUGCAUAAAGGAUACAAAUUCCGAUGAAGAGCCGUCUGAAGCGGACGAUGAUCCUGCAUUACUGAAAGAGUUACAGAUGCUCUCGGGAAAUGAACCUGCGACAGAAGAGACAGAGGAGGUGCCUGUAACACCAGAAGAGAAACAAACACAAUCCGACAAGUCUGAAUCCACCGAGGCUAAAGAGGAAGAUGACUCUUUACAGGAACUGAUCAAAUUAUUGCAGGAAAGAUUGGUGAUGUAUGAGACAGCCGAACAAAAGGCAAGGAGAGAAAACGAAUCUGGCAGAGCAAGAAGAUACAACAGAGGUGUGAAAGCCCUUAAAGAAAUGUUAACCUCCGCGCAAUCGGGUACAAGAGUAUCCGAAGACGACAUCCCCCCAGUCUUGCCUCCUUCAGCUAUUACAGAAUCUACAGAUAAGAAUACAGAAGAAGAAACAUCGUCACCGACCGAGAGCAACGAGCCACCUGCUGCAUCGGAGGCAGCUCCAAGUGAAGACCCUGCCGAACCGGCAGCCGAUGUUACAGUUGAUCAGGAAGCUUUGGAUAAGUUAAAGAAGCAACAGGAGAAGUAUAAAAUCGCGGCGGUCGCUUGGAAAAAGGCGGGCAAUAAAGAGCAAGCUUUGGAGUACGUGAAAACCGUUAAGCAAUUCGACAUAGUUAUCGCUGCGGUGGCUGCGGGUGAAAAGCUCGAUUUGUCGGAUAUGCCGCCGACUCCGACUCUACCUUCCUCAGACGGUGGUGCAACGGAAGUGGCGAAAGAAGAGAGCGAAGUUCAGCAGCAAUCUUCCGCCGAUGCAACACCGGCAGCCGACGCGCCUAAGUUCGGUCCUGAAGACAUCGAAGGUGCUCUCAAAGAACGUCUCGAGGUGUACAGAAGAACGAAAACCAUUGCCGAAACUGAGGGAAACACCUCGAAGGCGCGCAGAUACGGCAGAAUUUGCAAGCAGUUCGAGGAUGCAAUUAAACUGCACGCGCGCGGAAAACCAGUUCCUCUGGACGAACUUCCCGUUCCACCUGGUUUCCCGCCUUUGACGUCUACGCCGCAGAAUAACGGCUCUGCUGCACCACCUGCACCACCCGGCAAGCCCGAGUCGCCGGAAAAUAACGCUGCAACAAAACCCGCGCAACCAAAGCCACCCGUUGUUCCUCCCAGAACAGGACAGAGGGUUACGUCACGCGCGGAAAAACAAACGAUGCAGUUGCAGCUACGGCAGCGGGAAUUGAAACAGGCUGCUCUGAACGCGAAGAAAGCCGGAGAUAUGGAUCUGGCGCGUGAUUAUCUGCGACAAGCAAAAGGGAUACAACCUCUGAUCGAAGCCAGCAAAGGCGGGCUGCCCGUCGACAUGAAUUCGCUUCCGUUGUCGCCUCUCGAAAAAGUGGAACUCAACGCGCCUCAGAAAGACGAAAAUUUCAUAUUAGUGACCGCUGACGACUUUCUGGAAGGUGCGAGCGGAACUGACGAACAAAUUUAUGACAAUCUUGAAACUCAGUUAAUCAAACAAAUCAAGUGGUGUUUGUCCACGCGGGAUCAUUCCAAAGCGCUGGGCGAUGUUCCCGGGUACAACAGGUGGGAACGACUCGCGCUGAGUUACACAAGGGAUUUAGAUAUGCUUAGAGUUCGAAAACGAGAUUCACUGCCACCGCCGCAACAUCAUUACGAAACCAAAACCUAUCAAAUAGUGCAGUCCUGCACGGAUUUAAACGAUAGCGAUAUCGAAAUUUCCAUAAUUAGGGGAAUCAAUUAUUCUCGAGAGGCAGAUACAUAUGUCAUAUUUGAGUUUCCGUUGCCAACAGAUAAUCACAGUACAGACAGAACGUCGACGGUAAAGGACACUGCCAAUCCCGAAUACCAAGCCGUAUUCCCGUUAAACGGGAUUUUAAACCGCACUACCAGACAGUGCCAACGAGCAUUCAAACGUCACAUGAAGUGCGAAGUUUGGGCAAGAGGAUGCUCGCUGAAUCCCAUCCUGUGUUGCACUCAUCCCAGUGGGUUUUUCCGAAGUGACAGUCUUCUCGGCACGGUGAUGGUGAAGUUACAACCUCUGGAAUCCCAAUGCACUCUACACGAUUCUUUCCCGCUUAUGGACGGCAGGAAGGCGACAGGAGGAAAACUUGAAUUGAAAAUCCGCCUAAGAAAUCCUAUUCUCUUUAAACAAAUAGAAAAUAUUACAGAUAAGUGGUUGACUAUCGAUCACUAAUGCAGUCUUGACGAGCCGAUUCAGUUGGUUUUAUCUCUGAUUUGCUGUAUAUUGUUUAAUAAUUUAGCUAUCAUCUUGCUGGGGCCUUUCAGAAAAUAUUAAGCAGACAGAAUAAAUUGUUAUAUUUUUUAGUAAUAUUAUAUAUAUAUAAUAUAUAUAUAUAUAUAUAUUAUUAAUGU